GCCACCGUGUCGCACUCCGACCUGUACAGCCUCGUUGGCAACCUGCAGAUGCUGUUUAUGGUGGGCCCGGGGCUGCAGGCGGAGCUGGGCUGGACGCGCUUUGCAGUCCUCUACGUGGCGGCGGGGGCGCUGGCAAACCUCAGCGCCUAUGUGGGCAAUGUGGUGGUCAGGCGGCGGCGGCUGUGGGAGACCAAGGGCGCGUCUGCGCCGGUGUAUGCCCUUCUGGCGUGCACCGCGCUGGUGCAGCCAUACCGCAAAUUUGUGUGGCUGUUCGGCCUGCAGCUCAACUCGCUUGGGCUGCUGGGCGCGAAGCUGCUGUACGAGUACGUGGCGCGGCGGCUCGGCGGCGGAGCGGUGCCGGACUUUUGGUCGCGCGUCGUCGGCGCGGCCACCGGCCUGGCCUUUGCGAGCGUGCUGCUGGAUUGCAAGUUCCUGGACUGCCUGCCUAAGACUGUUGUCCCCUGGGACGGCCGCGUCAUUGCUUCUUCCGCUUUGCAGCGCUAACUUGUGACCUCUGCGCUCUGGUGGCCGCCACAGCUGCUGCGUGCUGAUUUGAAGGCGCAAAGGGUCAUAAAGUGCCUCAGACGGGCACCCACAAACCAUGGUGCCUGUCUGACACGAUUUUUCCCUGUAUACCAUGCAUUUUUAAGUGUGCCAAUGGAGCGGUUUUGCUAUGGCUGGCGCGUGUAAGGCACAGGGGAUUUGUGUGCCAGCCGUGGCAUGCAGGACUGAUAUUCAGACUCUGUGCAGUGUUUGAUGUGCAAUACUUGAAUAGGAGGACCGUUUGCUUACAGCAUGAAAGCGAGAUGCUUGAUCACGAGAAAGUAGUGCACCGC